AUGUCUGAAUUCAAGGUUGGGCUUACCCCCGAUGAGAAGAAAUUAUUCUCACAAUUGUUCAGAUCUUUAGAUACUGAAAAGACUGGUAUUAUUACUGGAGAGAAAGCUAGAUCUACGUUUGAAAAGUCAGGAUUGCCUCCUACUACUUUAGGUGAAAUCUGGCAAUUGGCAGAUCAACAGAACUUAGGUUUCUUAAAUCAAUUUAGUUUUUGCUAUGCUAUGAGAUUGAUUGGGUAUACCCAAGCUGGUCAUCAACCAACCCCAGGUCUUGGUGACUAUCCAGGUCCUUUACCCAAAUUUAUCAACUUAUCAUUGCCUCCACCAUCUUUACAACCACAAUCUACAAAUAGUUCAUUUAUGAAAUCACAAACUGGUCCAUUAUCUCCAACUCAACAACAGGGUACUCUUAGUGAUUAUGUUGCUCCAGUAGGUCAACAAGAUUAUAACAACUUUAGUCAAUUAUUCUUAAAAACUGUGGGUUCUCCACAAGGUGAAUUAAAUGGGGUCGAUGCUAGAAAUAUCUUUUUGAAAACCAAAUUAUCUAGUAAUGUUCUUGAACAGAUUUGGUAUUUGGUUGAUAUUAAAAAUUCAGGUAAACUUGAUCUUCCUUCAUUUGUUGUUGCAAUGCAUUUAAUUCAAGGAUUAUUAAGCGGUAAUAUCAAACAGCUUCCUCCUAUUUUAAGCAAUGAUGUUUGGGAUUCUGUCAAUCAUGGUACAUCUUCUUUGGGUGUUCCAGCUCAACAAAAUAGACAAAUCUCUCAAGCUUCAAUUAAUUCCCAACAAACUACUGUUAGGCAUGCUUCAGGUGCAUCACAAAUAUCUCAACAAGCUCCAAGUUCUUCUGAUUGGGUAAUUACUCCUACUAUGAAACAACAAUAUGAUUCUAUUUUCGAUAAUAUAGAUAAGGAAAAGACUGGUCAUUUGAAUGCAGAACAAGUAGCUUCCUUCUUAAUGACAUCAAAAUUAAAUCAACAGGACUUAGCAACUGUUUGGGAUUUAUCCGAUAUUCAAAACACAGGAAUCUUUACAAAAGUAGAAUUCUCAAUUGCUUUAUUUUUGGUUAAUAAAAAGUUGGCUGGUGGUAAAUUACCAAACAUUGUUCCAUCCAGUUUAUUAGAAUCAUUACAACCUCAAACAAAUGCUGUCCCAGAACCUAAAGCUAUUCCUCCUGUUCAACAACCAGUUCAACAAAUAUCGAAGCAAAAGACUGCAAUGGAUGACCUAGUUGAUAUCUUUGGAACUUCUGCACCAGCCCCUGUGGCUUUAGCUCCUACUAGUAUACCAACAUUAGAACAACGUGCUACAUCCAGUAGUGAUCUCACUUCAUCAACUGAACUUCCUAAAAUUAGAAGUGCUCUUACUGGGUCAUUUAAACCAACUUCAACAUUUGGUCAAUCUUUAGUUCAAAAGCAAACUGAAGUAAAGCAUGAUAACUUAUUGGUUCCACAACAAAUUCAAACUAGUACACCAGUCGAAACUCCACCUAUUGCUUCUCCUACCAAACAAAUUAACUACGAAGCAUUGAGAAGUGUCCCACCACCACCUUCUAAGAGAGCUGUACCUCCACCCACUGCUCCUUCUUAUGCUCAAUCAGUAUCGUCUGGUCCAACGCCAAGUAGUACAUAUUCUGAGCCUGUGAGUAGAUCAGUGGAUACUUAUGCAAAUGAGGAUUUAUUAGCUGAAACUGAUCCUGAAAUCUCGGGUCAAUUAUCUCAAGCCAAUGCUGAUAUUGCGAAUGUGUCUAAUCAAAUCAGGUCAUUGGCUACUCAAACUACUAAUUUACAUGAAAAGAAAAUUAGGGCUGAGCAAGAAUUGCAAAGAAUCUUAACCACGAAAGUGGAAAUUGAAAAUAAACUCAAGCAAUUAAGAUCUUCAUAUGAUAACGAAGUUAAACAAGUUAGUCAAGUGGAAAGUAAUUUAGCAGCUGCAAAGGAAGAAACUGAAGCUCUCAGAUCUCAAGCAUCUAUUUCAGAAGCUAAAUUUAAUGCGUUAUCGUCAGAAUUGAAUUCUAAGCAACUUGCAGUUGAAGAAUUACAAAAGCAAAAUAAUUCUUUGAAGGAAAAGUUGGGGUACAUGAAUGCAGAAAUAGUUCAACUUGAACAAGAUGUAACUAAGAAAUCAGCAGAUCAUCAAGGGUUGUAUAAUCAAGUUUCUGUGAAAAAAUCACAAGUUCAAGUUGCUAUUGUUAAGAGCGAAGAAUUGAAGAAUAAAAUAAAGGAAAUAGAAGAUUCUCAUUCAAAACUUCAAGCUGAGUUGGAUCAAGCUCAUAUCAAGAGUAAAGAAUUGGAACUUGAACAUAGUACCUUAAAUGAUAAGGUUCAAGAAACUCUUAGCAAAAAACCAACACAACCUACCCCAGGUCUUUCAGCUAAGAACAUUGUUGGUGGUGCAGCAGCUGGUUCUAUUAUUGGAGGGGUUGCAGCAGCUGUUUUACAUCACACUUCUUCAGAAGAAGCCGAAACUCAACCAACAAGCCAAAUUCCUGAACCAGCUUCAGAACAAGCUCCUGUUGAAGAAGAACAAGCACCAGAAACAACUAAUGAAGAAAAUGAGGAAGAUGCAAACAGAGAUCUUGAAGAAGAUAAAUCUUACCCUGAAAUCAAUGUUGAAGACAUUAAUCAAAAAUAUCCUGACAUUAGUAACAACGAACGUGGUAUUGAUAAUGUAACAAAUGCAACUGCAACUUCAUCUAUAGCAACUGAUUAUAAAGCCACAGAAGAAAAUGAAACUCCAGUUACCUCUCCAAGCAAUUCAGAUUUCCAAUUCCCGCAAGGUGCCAAUCCAGGUAUUGUUGGUGGUAUGGUUGGUAUGCCAGGCGUUUUAGUUGGUGUACAAAGAACAGAUUCUUUGACUUCUAGUGUUCAAAAUAAUGCAGCUUUAUCUGUUCGUGAUGAUAACAUUGAUGAAAUCAGCGAUCGUGAUACUAUUGAAAACAGUAACUUGGAAGAAUCAGAAGAUCCAGUUCCAGAUUCAGUGGCUACUGAAAGCUAUGGUAUUGAUAAUGAAGAUGAAUUACAAGAACCUCUGCAUGUUGGCCAUGAGGAUAACAGUGAUGGUGAUAAGUUAUCAUCUGGAGUUGAAUCCUUUGAAAUUGUCAAUGCUGAUGAGGCAAGAGCCCAAGAAGCUCAAUAUGCUUCUCAAGGAGGAUCAGACUCAGUAGAUAAAACCCCUAAUGAUGAAUUUCCUGCUAUUAAAGAAUUGGACUACGAAGAGAGUGACAGUUCCUCUGAAACUGCUUCACAAGAAGAAAACUUUGAUGAUGCAGUGACAGACUUACCUCAUAGUGAUAGUCCUCCUAAAUAUGAAGAACGUGUUAAAGCUCCAGUUACAGAGGCUGAAUCUGUACCAGCACCUGCUCCAAAAUUUGAUGAUUUCUUUAAUGAUUUAGAACCAACUACACAAGAACAGGCUCAACCAGAUCUCUUUGGUGAUGACUUCAGCAAUUUAGAGGCUGCUAAGGAUGAUAAUGACGAUGAAGAGUUUGGUAAGAAAGACUUUGGCUUUGAUGAAGGUUUCACAGGCGGACCAUCUCCUGCUGUGAACUUUAGUGCUCCAGUUACUGCUAAUGAGAGUUCUGCUGGUAACGAUGAAUGGGAACAAUUAUUUGCUGGUUUUGGAAAUUCUGCCCCAGUUGAAAAUUCAGAAUCACACGCAACUGAUACCGUGAGUGUUCCAACUGCAUCAGAAAGUUUAAGUGGAAGCAAUGAUGGUGCUGUACAAGAAUUAGUUGGUAUGGGUUUCUCUGAAAGUACUGCUUUAGCUGCUUUAGAAAAGCUGAAUUGGAAUUUAGAGGAAGCUACCAAUUACCUAUUAGAUAACGCGUAA